GGACUCUUCCUUACCAAACUUUUUGAUCUGUUCACCGAGUUCAGUGUUGGACUAAUCUAUUUGAUUGGACAAUUGUUCGAAGAGGUGGCCAUCAUCAAACCCGUCACUAGCCGACCUGCAAAUUCUGAACGCUAUCUGUUGUGCAAAACUCUCCGCUCUCCACUUAAAGGGAUGGCUGGUUGUCCACCCAGUCCGAAAAGCGAUCAGAAAUCUGGCGAUUCAAUGUAUGGUCGACCUAAGGCACAGAAAUUACCUGGUCGUGGUAGACUCCAACACGACACUUUAUCCGAUACUGGACGCAAAUACGGGGUCUUGGACCGUGAACAGGCAGGUGCGUUAGGUGAAGUGAUUGAAUAUUUGCUUCAAGUCAAUGAGAAGCUAGGAUCUCUUCAGUCACCUUCAAACGAUCACUCUGCAGGUUGUCCGAAACAAGAUAUUAUCCGACUCUUUGAUACGAAUACCCUGCUACAGGACGUUUCGUUCAGCAGGUUCAUUACACAAAUGAAUAAAGAAUUCGCCAUACAACAAUGCAUAGCUCUAUCGAAGCUCCUGGCAUUCGCCCAUGAUCCGCGUUUAACCGAUUCUCGUCAAACGGAGUUGAAAAUUGCUUGUCUGGAACGAUGGAAGGACAAGGAAAGACUGAAAUCCCUAAAUAUGCUUCCAAAAGACUAUUAUUGUCAGUACAGAACUGAGCGGUUCAAUAAUCGCCAUCUGGCUAUGCUCGACUAUCUGAUUGAGAGUCGUAUUGCUCUCGUUUGUGGAUCUCCGUCCAUGUUCACCGCAACUGGGCCCUCCGAGCCUAUGCUUAUCUAUUCCCGUGGUCGAAAUGGAAAUUAUUAUGUUGUUCAUAUUCUCGCUAAUAUCUGUUUAUCUUUGACUCCAAUCCUUUUUAUCCGUUCGCAUGAAAAGUUUGUCUCUGUGGAUGGGGAUGAUUGGAAACCUUUGGAACAGAUAACCCAACAUUGUUGUCCUCGUUUGCCUCCGGGGACUUUGCUCUGGGGUCAAUCUACCUGUGAAUAUUUGGCCAAAAAUGGUAUGAGGCGACAUGCCUUGUACGUCUUUGACGUGGUCUGCAUCUACGGAUACGAUUGUCGAAAAUUGUCAUACAGAGAACGGUAA